AUGCCCUUCAUCGUGGCGCCCGUGUUCACGCCCGUGGCGGGACCCCCCAGGACCCCCCACCCUCCCAGCACCGAGCUCAGGCCCCCCUCAGACUCCCCCGGCGGACCCACCCUCCCCGCGCCUGCAGAGGCUCUUCCCCAGCCAGCGCCUCGUCCAGAGCCUCCGCAGGAGUCGUCGUCGUCGUCGUCGUCAGAGUCGACGUCGAGCCGCACCAGCACGUCGCAGCUGCUCGCGGCCGCCGGCAUGCUGCAGAAGCUGGAGAAGUCCAGCAGCAGCAGCAGAGCAAGAGCAGCAGCAGCAACGGAGGCGGCCGCCGCCACUACCUCCGCCCGCGGGCGAGAAGCGCGGGCGCGUCCUGGUGCCCAACACGCGGCGCCCGGUGCUGCGCCGCCCGCCACGCCCAUCACGCGCCCGCGCUCGAAGGUCGUCCAGUCGCCCGUGUCCGACGACUACAUCAACAACUUCCCCGAGGCGGCGGCGCCCGAGGGCUUCCCCGGCGAGGACCCCGAGGAGGCCACCAUCAGGGACAACCUCUUCGAGCUGCAGCGGGUCAACUAA